AUGCUCCCGCCCGUCAAGCUGCUACUCACUGCGGCAGUCGCGCUUCUUGUACUUGGCGAUGCAGUUGCCAUGACUGCGGCGACCACGACGACUUCGAACGCCUUUCUGCGUGAUGCCGUCGAUACCAGCACACCUGAAGAUACUCGGUCCCUGAGAUUGCAGGAAUCGGACCCUGUGGAGUUCCACCCCGACGAAGAGAGGGGGACGUCGACCCUUACUUCGUGGAUCAGCAGCUUGGGGUCGGCUGGCCGGAGUUCAUCGAUCAUGAAAUCGACGGCCGCGAAAGUGGAAGCAAUGUCGCGAAAAAGACAAGAAUGGGUGUUGAAGAAGCGGAUGGCGGCGGAGGCAAAGAUGGAGGCAAAGGCGGAGAAAAAGGCGGAGGCGGCGGCGAAGGAAGUGGCGGAUGCGAAGGUUGCGUUAUUUGGUCAAAAAGGGCCUGCAACGUGGGAGAAUAUUGAAACAUGGUUUCGAGGGGCCUUACAACAACGAACAUCUUCCCUUGAUGAGUUCAUUAUACGGAAUGCAGGGGAAUCUUUUACCGGUUUUGAUGAUUUCAGAAAGCUGCUACGACGGGCUGGCGUGAACAAUGACGAUCUGAUAGAGAACAUUGAAGGGAAAGUACGAUCAUGGAGGAGUAGAAAUCUAAAUUGA